GUUCCAUGACGAUUCUUCAUCAGUAUUCAGAUUCUUGAGAGGUGCUCAGGUCUCCAACCAUCCAGCAUUGCGGCCUGCUGCAGUCACUUGAAGGAUUGCCGCACUUGCUCUGUUAUCAUCUCAUCUCUUGCACGGUACUCUUCUUUCCCCAAAAACAUCCACUCAACUUUGCUUUGCCCGGCACCGCAUUGGGACCGGAAGAUUUCUUCCGCUCGCGUUAGGCGCUCUGUAAGCGGAAGACACCGCAGCGUUCAAGCAUAGCUCGCCGUCAGUCCCAAGGACAGAUCUUGUCGCCCUGCCUAGCCAGAAAUCUUUCCACCCGUCCAAGAUGGCGCCGCGAAGAGCGGCAGCCGCAGCAGCUACGCAAUCCAUGGCUCAGGCCAACCAGGUUGCUCAAGCAGGGCCAAGUGGAGGUUCAGAGCCCAGGAAGUCCAGCAAGGCUGGGACAGGAGUAGGCCUCGGUGUCGCUACUGCUGCGCCGCUGCGUCAGGACUUACCAAUCAGUCCUAUUGUCGCGAAGCUUAGGCGCAACUGGCAGUUUGCUGCCGUUUGCCAGUUCCUGUUUACGUUUGACGAGGCUUUUGGCAUGAGCGGCUUCGAGACUGAGGCGUUGGAGCGCGACUUGGACGGAGAAGAUCUUGGCAUGCUGCCUGACCUAGUGCGCCGCAUGCUGUACACCCUGACGUUGGACAAGAAUAUCGACACGAAAAAUUGGGAGCAUUACCUCCGCAUGCAAUACCUCGCGCGGUCGCCUGGCAAUAACCCACUGGGCAGCAUGGAGCUAUCGAGGCCCUGGGCUGCGAUGGGACUCACACAAAAGGUCAAAGCGCUUUGGUCGCUGUGCGAGUGGCAAUUGGUGGAUUCAGAAAGGUUUCGCAAGCUGGUCAAGAGCGAAGAGGAGCCAGAAGUUUGGCGUAUCGAACCUGUGGGCUGGGACAGCCAGGACAACACUUACUGGCUCUUUGAUGACAACCGGCUUUGGGUUCAACAUACCGAGCCUCCACCCCCGCCAAAACCCAAAGCACUGCCUCCCGCCAAGAAGGGCUCGAAGCGAGCGCGCGCAGAAGCUCGGGCAUCGCGCAAGUCUACCGCUGACAAAGCGACAGAAAGCCCGUCUCGACCCGCAUCUACUGCGACUGGCGCGAAGAGAGGUAGGCUCAGUGAUGUAGCGCCUGCGACGCCGGCCAAAAGAGCUCGCGCCAGUGAAUCGGCCACGCCGGCCAGGCCUGCUAGCGCACGCAGCUCCAGACGGCUCAGAGGUGCUCCGGGAGAGGUAGAAGGCGUAUGGGAGGCAGUACCGAGCGACAUUCUCAAACCAAGCCGAAGAGCAAGAAAUGGACGUGGGUCAAAAGCAUAUGCCCAAGGGGGCUCGUCGUCCGAAUCGGACCUUUCAGAGCCGCCCGACGAGGACUUGAAUGGCAGCCCGUCUAGUCUCGUUGUUGUCCAGGAAGAAGCGGACACGGCUCAUGCGACUGCGAACGAGGACGUUGAAAUGGCAGAUACCUCAACCACAGAGCGUCCGACUAAUGAUUCGCAGCUUGAAGCUCUUAAUGGCCAUGCCUCCGCGGUCAAGUUGGAGACGGGAGAGAAAGGCGACGUACUGGUGGGUCACGCCUCCGUCGACAACGUGCAAGACUCUGUCCCACAGACUCAGGGCAAAGUAGACGCCCACAGCGAAGUACUGGACGAAAAGUUAAACGGUGCUUCCUCAAAGUUGCAAGACUCAAACGUUGCAUUUUCUGCUCAUGCGGAAGAGGAAGAUGGCUGGAUCGAGUUCGAGACUGUCGCUGUCACUCGUCUGGAAUGGGAAGAUAUCGCAGUGCGCUUCGCCAAAUCAAAGCACCCUGAUGAGAAGGCCUUUCACUCUUACCUGCAAGAAUCCGUCAUACCGCGGGUCAUGGCAGACUUUGACGCUGUGGAGAAACAGCGAGCUGUAGAGGCUGCUCUGGCUAGCAGGAAGCGAAGCAGUCGUAUCGCGAUGAAGGAAUCAGAACGCGAAGAGCGCGAAAGGGACCGAGCUGCGAGACUGGAGAUGGAGGAGCGGAUGGCUAGAUUACGAGCUGAGGACAAAGAGAGGAGGGACCGCGAACGGGAGGCAAAUGAGGUGCUCAAGGCCAGAGAAGAACGAGCCAAGGAGCGCGAAGAGCGCAUCAAUGCAAGGGAAAGAGAAGCCGAAGAAAGGGCGAUCAAAGAGAUCGAGGCUCGAGAGGCAAGAGAGCGGAUGCGAGAAGAUCGGGCCCGCAAGAGAGAAGAGAUCAUUGCGAAUGGAGGCAUCCCACCCAAGCACGACGAUCCGCGAGCGGUCGCUGCCUCAGCUGUUGAGCAUGGCAUUGAGCCAACGGAAGACGAGAACUGGGAGCUAGCUUGUGAGGUGUGUGGCAAAGCGGGUGUCAAUCUGGACGACUCGUCCGAGAUUGUCUGCUGCGAAUCGUGCGGCGUCUGGCAACAUACGGACUGUUGGAAUGCCUUCGAUAGAUCUGUGCGAAGGCCAGCGCGCGACUGGGAUCAGAUCGACUUCUAUUGCUCAAAGUGCAAGCCUCCUCAUCCUGACCAACCUUGGCCGGGACGGUCGAAGCCGAAGAAGCCAGAAUCACCGCGACCCCGUAUCAAGGUCAAGCAGCUCGGACCGGAUCCUUCGCAGUCCCCUGCCCCGUCGCCGCUGACACACCAGACACCUGCGCCUCAUGGAGAUGUCAGUCCACACGCUACGUCCCUGCCCCUGAUUGACGAUCCUUCUCAGUCGCCCGCGCCUCCAACAGGAAUCUUCGGAACGCUGAAGCAUGUGUCGAAUGGGGUGCAUCCCGCCCACCUUGGCGUGCAGGCAGCAGCUAGCGCGCCUCCUGCAAAGGCAGACUUGCCAUCUGUGCAGCAGCUUCACCGCCAUGUCACCCCGCAACGAGUGGACGGCUCGCCAAGCAUCCCGCAGAGUGCUGCUCUUGCGAGCGAGACGUCCAUCCCCAAGGUAGCUCCCGUCACUAGCACAAGCUCUCAAGCUGGCCCGCGCACACAGACUUCCCCUAGCGCGGACAAGGCGCAAGGUCCUGCUCGCAGUCCGGGCGCAUACACGCCGCGAGGCACUGGUGGCUCCGGUAGUGCAUCUGGCUCUUUUCCGAUCAAGCGCGCUCCUCUACGCUCGCCUUUGUCUGGACCCCAUGCUGCGUCCUCAAAUGCUGUCCCUGGAAUGAAUCUUGGCCCUGCACGCGCAGGUAGCCCUACUCCCAGUGGACCGCCACGCUCCCUUGGAAGCGUCGGUCCGAACAUUGUCUCUUCCAGCAAUGCGCUCUCCGAUCCCCUUUUGCAGCGUCAAGGCACGGCCGUGCCCCAACCUGCCCCGUCAGCGGGACCUGGACCCACCUCUGGCUCCCUCGCCCGCGCGCCACCGCAAAGCACGCCGGCACAAUCUAAUGGGAUCAUACCACCGGCAUCGCCACGAUCAGGGAGCGUGUUUGGCCCCAGUCCUCCUCGACUUGCUUAUGGAUCCGCGGGGGCUGCAGCCGCUGCCGCGUCUUCGCAAGCAGCACUCGCGCGCUCGAUACCAAGCUCCGCCCUCGCAAGCCCAGGUGCACCACUUCCUCCCGCAGCCAUCGCUGCGAUUCCUCCCUUCAAAGGCCAAUUGCCUCGCCCAGGCGAGCGAAGAGCUGAAGCACCGAUCAGUGAUGCCGCCGCGGCUCCCGCAGUACCGCUAGCCUCCCAGAGUGCUGCGCAAGCUCCGUCAUUGACGAGCCACGUAUCAGCUCCCUCACCUCAAGAAGCUCAAGAGCACCUUCAGCAAGCACCACCUCAACCCAAACCAUCAUCCUGAGCAUGCAUGUAGACGAGCAUCAAACGCCAGCCGCUCCUGCACCUUCUCCCUUUGCUCAAUCUUUGUCUAAUUUAGACCGACGGUGCUUGCGAUGCAAAAUGCGGCUCGUCGAUGAUGAAAGCGUGUACAUUGUAAAUGCUGGUCGCUCGGAGACUGGUCCAGUGGGCCUGCCCUACAAUCACAUCGCAUGGCACGCCUGCCUGUAUGGCGGUGGCCCUUCAGCUGUGAAGCAGGCACCGAGGCUUGGCAGAUGAGCAUGCCGCACGAAGCCCUCAUCGUAGCAUAAUUCGCAAUUCCCCUGGUAAGUUCAGGUCCCGCCACCCU